ACAUCUGCCCCUUCCUUCCUUCUUUUGCGCCGCUCCUCCGGGCAGAACUGCGAGAGAACGUGAUCGAUCGAAUUUCAAAAAAGGCACACACCUUCCCCUUGUGCUCCCGAGAUCACGAAAUUACUCUAAAAUCUCCUGAUUAUAAAAUUCAGGAGUUAGUGUUUCGUGAUUUUCCAUUCCGUGUGUGACCCGGUAGAUUCCACCUUACGCCCGCGAGGCAAUUACUCAGUGAAGAGCCCACCUAAUUGAACAAAAUGUCGAACCUCGCCGAUCCGGUCGCGUUCGCGAAGGACUUCAUCGCCGGCGGUGUGUCCGCCGCCGUGUCCAAGACCGCGGUGGCGCCCAUCGAGCGCGUCAAGCUGCUGCUGCAGGUCCAGCACGUCAGCAAGCAGAUCACCGAAGACCAGCGCUACAAAGGUAUCGUCGACGCCUUCGUCCGCAUUCCCAAAGAGCAGGGCCUGCUCUCGUUCUGGCGUGGUAACCUCGCCAACGUCAUCAGGUACUUCCCCACCCAGGCGUUGAACUUCGCCUUCAAAGACAAGUACAAGCAGGUGUUCCUCGGUGGCGUAGACAAGAAGACGCAGUUCUGGCGCUACUUCGCGGGUAACCUGGCCUCCGGCGGUGCCGCGGGAGCCACAUCCCUGUGCUUCGUGUACCCGCUCGACUUCGCCCGUACGCGUCUCGCCGCCGACGUCGGCAAAGGAGACGGCCAGCGCGAGUUCUCCGGCCUCGGAAACUGCCUGUCCAAGAUCUUCAAGUCCGACGGUCUCGUCGGUCUCUACAGAGGCUUCGGCGUGUCGGUGCAGGGUAUCAUCAUCUACCGUGCGGCGUACUUCGGAUUCUACGACACGGCGCGCGGCAUGUUGCCCGACCCCAAGAACACUCCUCUGGUCAUCAGCUGGGCCAUCGCACAGACCGUCACCACAGUCGCCGGCAUCAUCUCGUAUCCGUUCGACACGGUCCGUAGGCGCAUGAUGAUGCAGUCUGGCCGUGCUAAGGCCGACAUGCUGUACAAGAACACAAUCCACUGCUGGGCGACCAUCGCCAAGACCGAGGGUGGAUCCGCCUUCUUCAAGGGAGCCUUCUCCAACGUCCUCAGAGGCACUGGCGGUGCCUUCGUGCUUGUCCUAUACGACGAAAUCAAGAAGGUCCUCUAAAUUUAAUGUAAGAAACGUUACCAUAAAUUCAAUUGUGAUUCCGAAUCACCUCAAUAGCCACUCCCUUGAAAUCAUGUAUUAUUAGAAACGAAACAAUCGAAACUAGUAACUUAUUUUUAGUUAAAUAAAGCGUUAUACAUUGAUUCCAAUAUGUAUUGUUUUAUUAAAAAAUUGUUAAGUUGCAUAACUCACCUAGCCUGAGUGUGAAAAAUGCAGUGAUAGUUUGACAGCAGUUAAGAAUUCAUUCAAAUUGUGUUUAAAUUCGAAUUUGGAAUCAAGAAAUGGUUUUUUUCAGUGAUCAUGUAACUGGCCAGUGACUGUUAUGUAAUGCCCUCAUUCUGUAUGGGCCAAGGUUAGCUUGUGCUAAGUGUUGAAAUUGGAUUGGAUCAAUUUAUAUGAAGUCUUUUCUGAACUCUAUUCAUUGCUGUGGUGAAAAUCUGUGGUUUUCUCUUUGUUCGCACGCAGGCUAUGUUAGUCAUUCAAUAGAUAACCUAUGUGACACUGAUGGGAGUGAGACCUUGUACUAUGAAUACUGUGUACUCUAACAGCCUGUAUGUAUUGAAGCUCAUGUUAAUGCUGUGAAUUUCUUUAGUCAUGUGAAAAGGUUAUGUAACAGAGUGUUGUGCUAUGCAGUGUGUUGUGGUGACAUGAACUUGAUUUCAAUUCACAUUAACAGUGGUUCACAGUGUAGUGAAAAUACCU